GUUUUUGUUUUUUCUAUUAUGAUAAUACUUUCCUUCUUACCAUGUAAGUAUGAGCUCUUACAUUCCUGCCAAUAGCAGUGUUACAUGUGUACAUAAUUUUUUUUUUUUUUUGGGUGUGUUUUUGAUGAAUUAUUUUUACAUAUAUGACAAAAUGUUAUAUAUGUAUUCUAAAAAUUACCACUAAACCAAAUGUUAUAUAUGUAUUCUAAAAAUUACCACUAAACCAAUAGCUAGCUAAAAAAUUACCACAUAGUAAAACAUAAGAUUCUUUUUUGCAAGUUUGUAUUAAUGCUGUACAUAUUUUUUUUUGGUGAAAGAAAGAAAGUUUAGGGGGAAAAGUGGAAAUGGAAGCAAUCGUGCCCGCGAAGCUCUGUUUGAAACACGAGUAUAUAAAACUAUAUCGUCCCGCCAGUCCAAUCCGGUCCUGCGCCAAUAACAGACUUGCUUCAGAUAUCAUCUGCCCUCCCUCACGCCCAAACCCUAGAAGUUGCAGAGCCAAACACAUACACAGUGAGAGAGAGAGAGAGAGAGCGAGCGAUUGGGAUGCUGUUAAUCUUCUACAUUGCACUCUCGUAGCGACGGAGCCAACUUCCAGUGAGGGAUUGCUGAAGAGGGGAAUUGGAAUUGGAAUCGGAAUCGCGAAAUCGGCAUUGCAAUGCCCAAAGUCCAGAUCGGAAGCCAAAGACAGGAUUUCUCAGAUUGAAUAUGUGUUCUGCAGCCAGCUCUACCCCUAUUUCCAAUCCAAGUCUAAAAGCUUUCAGAAAUUUGAAGAUGAAUGGAAAGACAAGGAAAAUGAUCUCUUUCGUCAAAUUGAUACACUUCGAGCUGAAAAGCAACAAACCCUUGAAGAGAACCGCUCACUCAAGCUUGACAAGGAAAAUCCAUCCAAGAAUCAAGAAGCGAAGAUGAAUCAACUACUUGCUGAACUGAAAAGUGUACAACUCAAAGGCAAUGAGCUUGAACAAAUGCUUAAGCAGAAGUCUAUGGAGGUCGAUGAGGGAAUGGAAUUGCAGAGUAAGUUGCUCGUAGUGAUUCAGUCGAAAGAUUCUGUCAUUGUGGAUAAGGAAAAACAACUGAAAGAGAAUGAAGAAGGUAGAAAUGUGCUUCUUGCCAAACUGAGUGAUCUUGAAAAAAGAGUUGAUGAACUCCAAGAGGAGCUCGGAGAAAAGAUUGACCUAGUAACCAAGGGAAAUGAGCUUAAAGAAAAUUUAUUCCGGAAGAUUGAGUAUCAGGAUGCCGAGAUAAUGAAUAAAGAAAAGCUUUUGGACGAUCAGGAAGAAGAGAAAAAACUUAUUCUGGCCAAAUUAAAACUUUUGGAAGAAAAUGUUGGUCAACUCCAAAAGGAUCUCCUAACAAAGAACGACGAAGUGGAGGGUUGUGUGAAGGAGAAAAAACUGCUUCUGGUCAAAGUAACUGGUUUAGAGGAGAAAGUUAAUGAGCUACAGGAGGAUCUCAGGGAUAGGGUCAGCGAACUGACCAAAAGAAGGGAUUCGGGGGAAAAGUUACAUAAACAGAUUGAAUCAAUGAACUUGAAUUUACUGGCUGAGAGGAAGAAGUACACGGAUCUUACUGUUGCUUACAGAAGGCUGAAAUCUCAGCACAAUUAUCUCCGCACAAAGCAUGGUCUUACUAGGGAGAAUAUGCUCCCCCAAAACAAGUUGGAAGAUGGAAGUGAUUCAUUGAGAAAUGAUCACAAUCCAUCAACUUCUCAUGGUUUUGUAGACAAAAAUCAGCAUGCUUCUGCAGCAGCUGGUUACGUGAAAAAAGUGAAGAAUGAAAUCAGUUGUAACAAUAACUUGGAGGAUGAGAAAGGAGGCAAGCUAAUUCAAGAAACUAGUCCUCACUCUCCUACUUCCAUCUUCCCCGUUGCACCAAAAUGCCCUCCCACUGCAAAAUCUGCCCCAGUAGCUGGGAGAAAAAGGCCUGCUGCCUGCUGGAUAGAUACUAGGUCCCGUCAAGGCCAAGGUGGGCCUGACCCGCAUGAUGAUUUUCUCGAUACCCCACUUGAGAACAUCAGAGGAAACUUGAAUAAAGCCACAAUGGAACAAGUUCCUGAUCUUCCAGUUCCAGUUCCAAAUGACAUGAACCUAGAUAGCUCAGAUGAUGAAACACAGGAUGUGAAUGCUGUAAUUAGGCCACAGAAGCAGCAGAUUCCAGUUCCAGUGGCCGGCAAAAAUGGUUUCAAGUUUGUGGAACCUGUAAGAAAGAAAGCUGAGCGGGAAAAUUUGAAAGGAGUUGAAUGCAAGCAGUGCAAAAAGUUCUAUGAUGCUGUUCUUCCCAAUGAUGGCGGUGGUAAGGACAUUGAUAAAAAUAAGCAUAAUUUCCGCUGUGAGCACCAUGAAGGUGUUUCUCGACAUCGGUAUAGGUAUGCUCCUCCUCUGACUCCAGAAGGAUUUUGGAAUAUUGGAUUUGAAUCUGAAAUGUGAUAUUGAGAAAUUCGUUAUUCAUUGAUUUUAAUUUUAAUUUUUCAGAGAGCAAUAACUUGUAUUGAUAUUUAAUUUCAUAUUUCCAACUCUGUGGGUCUUAAGAGGACUCAAACAGGGAGUAUUACCAAAAAGGUAGAAUAGGAGCCAUGCCAGAAAGGAUAGUUCUUGUAUUUGUCAAAUGACUCUGUUUCCCAAACAUUUGUCUAUUCUAGAAAGAAUAGUUUCAUAGUUUUACAUACUCAUGUAUAUCCCAUAUUACAGGACACAGUAUUAGAGUUUUAAAUUCUGA